AGACUAUCCUAAUGUAGUAGUUGUUGGCGAACCAAACAAUUAAAAUCAGUUCCUCCUCUUAUAAGUGAAUUUUUUCUAUAAAUACCGGAAGACAAGUUCGGAGAUCUUAAUCGAAAAAAUUAGGUGGUGAAAACGGUUAAUUCUUGUUUAACUCUCGAAGUGGUAUAAUAAAGAAGAAAACAUGAAAGGAUGGCAAGGCAAAAUUGCUAUAGUAACAGGAGCCAGUUCUGGUAUUGGUGCAGGGAUAGUAGAAAAAUUGGUUGAAGAAGGAUUAACUGUUGUUGGUCUAGCUCGGAGAGUAGACAUGAUGGACCAACUCAAAAAGAAGUUGACAGAAAAAUCUGGUAAAUUCUAUCCGCUAGAAUGCGAUCUAAGCCUUGAAUCAAAUAUUCUAAAAUGUUUCGAUUACGUAUCAAAAAAUUUAGGACCAAUACAUGUAUUAAUAAAUAACGCAGGCUGUUUAACAAAGCAAAAUUUGUGUGACGGAACAACUGAAGUUUGGAAAAGAGUAAUUGAUGUAAAUCUACUUGGUUUAUGUGUAGCUACAAGAGAAGCCAUCAAAAGUAUGAAAGAAAAUGAAAUCGAUGGCCAAAUCAUACAUAUCAAUAGCAUUACGGGUCAUUGGAAUGUAAGGAUUGAUGACCUCAAUAUCUAUCCUGCUACCAAAUAUGCUGUCACCUCGCUAGCUCAAACUUUAAGAAAAGAGUUAUCCAAAACAAAAACUAAAAUUAAAGUGACGAGUCUAAGUCCAGGCCUUGUGAAUACUGAAAUAUUUGCAGUGGGAGGAAUGACAAACUAUGCAGACAGUUUAGUACAAGAACAAGUACCGGCUCUCUCACCUCGGGAUAUUGCUGACGCAGUAACAUAUAUUUUAUCUACCCCUCCACAUGUAAAUAUUUCUGAAUUGAUCAUUCAACCAGUAAAUGAAGAUCUGUAAUCUAUAUAAUAAUGUAAUCGAUAAUAAAAUAGUUCCACAUAGAAAUUGUAGCAUUGUUAUUUGUUUUUAUUUUUAAUAAAGAAUUAUUUCCGUCUA